GGAGCGGGAGGACGGGCAAAACUUUGCUCCCGGGCUGCGGAACGGCGCCAGGAGAAGCGAGGGGGAAUGGGCCCCGAAGCGCUGCCGCUCGGCCCCUACAGCGGGGCGGCCGCCGCCGCGCUGCUGCUCUGGGCCGUGUGCGUGCUGUGCAGGAGGAAAAGGAAGACUGGAGAGCCCCCGCUAAUAAAUGGCUGGAUUCCUUACCUGGGGAAGGCUUUGAUUUUUAGAAAAGAUGCUUUCAAAUUCUUACUGGAUCAGCAAAAGAAACUUGGAGAUAUUUUCACUGUACAUAUUGCUGGAAGAUAUAUUACCUUUAUCAUGGACCCAUUUCAAUAUGUUUACGUCAUCCGAAAUAGCAAACAACUUGAGUUCCAUGAAUUUGCAGAUAAGAUGGCUUCCAAAACUUUUGACUACCCAGCCUUGUCAAAUGUGAAAUUCCCUGAUCUCAAGGAAAACCUGCACAGAAUCUACCAGUAUCUACAAGGCAAGCCUUUGGAAAUAAUUUCUGACCACAUGAUGAAAAAUCUCCAGGAUAUAUUUGAAUGGAAAUGCUCACAAGCAACAGAUUGGGAAACAGAAAAAAUGUACAAAUUCUGCUGCUCUGUAAUGUUUGAAGCCAGUUUUGUAACACUAUAUGGAAGAGUUCCUGCUGCAGAUGGCCGCAAAGUUAUUAGUGAAAUCAGAGACAAAUUUAUCAAGUUUGAUGCCAGCUUUCCCUAUUUAGCUGCAAACAUACCAAUUGAGUUGCUAGGAGCUACCAAGAAGGUUCGGAAGGAGCUUAUACAUCAUUUUUUACUUCAGAACAUGACAAAAUGGCUGGGAGGGUCAAAAGUGGUCCAAGCCAGACAAGAUAUAUUUGAGAAAUAUGAGCUGCUUGGAGAUUAUGACAAAGCAGCACAUCAUUUUGCCUUCCUGUGGGCCUCUGUGGGAAACACGAUUCCAGCUACAUUCUGGGCCAUGUAUUAUCUGCUGCGGCACCCAGAAGCUCUCGCAGCGGUGCGUGACGAGAUUGACCAUUUGCUGCAGUCAACAGGUCAGAAGAGAGGGCCCACGUAUAACAUCCACCUCACCAGAGAACAAUUGGACAACCUGGUCUACCUGGAGAGCGCCUUAAACGAGAGUUUACGGAUGUGCUCAUCUUCCAUGAACAUUCGCAUCAGCCAGGAGGAUUUUGUUCUCAAGCUCGAAGGAGAUCAGGAAGUCAGUUUGAGGAAAGGAGACUGGAUAGCCCUUUACCCUCAGAUUUUGCACAUGGACCCCGAGGUCUAUGAAGAUCCUAAGGAGUACAAGUUUGAUCGUUACAUAGAGAAUGGCAAGAAGAAACUGAAGUAUUUCCUAAUGCCCUUUGGCUCUGGGAUCAGCAUGUGCCCAGGGAGGUUCCUCGCAAUGAAUGAGAUGAAGAUGUUUCUUUUCCUACUUUUGGCUCAUUUUGAUGUAGAACUAGGGGAAAACAAAGAUGUCAGACUUGAUAACGGUCGUAUGGGCCUUGGUAUCCUCCUGCCAGACACUGAUAUUGCCUUUCGUUACAAGCUGAGGUCCUUAAGAAAUUGAGCAGUUGCCUCAGUGUUUGCUCUGUUUCCUCACUCAGCUUUGUAUUUUUGGAAAUGUUUGCUUUUACCCUCUCUUCUUUCACCUCCUUCCUUUUUUUUCUAAGAAGAAAAGUCCUUGGGCUGGAGGUAAAUGACAGACACAGUGACAUAAGAAUUUCAGUUUGUCCUGCCCAUGUUUCACUGAGGUGAGAUGACAAGAACUUGGCUGAGUAAACCAUCCCAAUGUGAAAGAUCCCCAUACUCUUGGCCGUGAGUUGAGUAGGGUUUGGGGGAAGAUG